AUGGUCGUCCAAACAGAAGUACCUAUUGUACAUAUUUUUGCUGUGGUAUCAACAAUGUCACAUGAAAUCAGCUUGAGCUCUCUGCUAGAAAGCGGUGAAGCGGUUACCUUAGACGUGGAGUCAUUGGCCUUGGACGACCUGCUGGAGGGAACUGAGGAUUACAGCAACGAGUCUGUGAUCGGCAACAAGUCAUUCAUUGGUGUGUGCAACCUGAAAGAGGGCAGGCACUUCGAAGCUGUUUUUAUACCUGUCCUGUAUUCCGUGGCCUUUAUCGUGGGCAUCGUGGGCAAUGGGGUGCUUCUGGGAAUUCUGGCUCGGGGCAGAAAGACGUGGAGUGUGACGGACACCUUUAUUCUGCACCUGGCAUUGGCUGACAUCCUGCUGUUGCUCACGCUGCCCAUGUGGGCCGUGCAGGACGCCCAAGGUGUCGGUUGGACCUUCGGCACGCCUCUUUGCAAGAUCACUGGCACUGUUUUGACAAUCAACUUCUACUGUGGAAUCUUCCUUCUGGCGUGCAUCAGUCUGGACCGCUACCUGUCCAUCGUGCAUGCCACUCAGAUGUACUCCCGCCGGAAACCCUGGGUCAUCCAGUCCAGUUGCCUGGCUGUCUGGCUUUUGUCAUUUUUCCUCUCCGUGCCAGACUGGAUCUUCCUGGAGGCGGUGAAAGAUGUAAGGCGAAACAAGACCGAGUGCAUACGAAACUUUAACUCCUGGCAACUUGCAUCGCGUCUCCUCUCCCACAUUGUCGGUUUCGUGCUGCCAUCACUUGUGCUCAUCUUCUGCUACUCGUGCAUCCUGCGCCGGCUGCGUUGCGGCACGGUGGGGCUCCAGAAGCAGAAGGCAUUCCGGGUCAUCGCUGCUGUGGUAGUGGUGUUCUUUCUCUGCUGGGCGCCAUUCAAUGUUGUCCUCAUUGUGGACACGGCCUCUUCAGAUGACACCAGUACCAGUUGUGAAUUCAGAGCUUCCUUGGCAAAAGCUUUGAUUAUCACCCAAACUAUGGGCAACCUUCACUGCAGCCUGAACCCCAUCCUGUAUGCUUUUGUUGGGGUCAAGUUUCGCCAUCAGCUCUUGGACAUAUUGAAGGUAAUCACCUGCAAAUCCAAGACGGGCAUCAAACUUCAGUCAGUGGGCAACAGGAGAGGAUCCAUUUGGUCUGAGUCUGCAGACACUUCCAACUCCACAGCAAUCUGA